CGAACACUCUAUUUGAAAGUACAACUACAAUUCUCUUUUCUUUUUUCCUUUUUCGUGUAAAAGAAGAAGCCAUAUGUUGAAGUCAAUUAUCAUAUUUUCUACAAAAACAGGAAGUAUUAAGUAUUAUCAACCUUUUAAUGAAUAUUUAUUUUAAUUUAUUAUUCGUGCUCUCUUUGUUCCAUCAUUUAUUGUUUUUAAUUAACAUGGUAUAGAUUAUCAUCAAAAUCUGCUACCCAGAAAUUUCACUAAUGGAUGCACUUACUUUAAGUUACGUUUAAUAUUCUCACGUAAAACACUAUGUACUCUUAAUUAUUCAAAGGUUCAUGCCUUGCAAGGUAUUAUAAAAUAUGUGAGAGCGCACGAGUAAAAUAUAAGUACAAAAUGGAAUAUACACGAUCUAUUUAUGUCAACGAAGGAUGCGUGCAUUAGUUUUUAUGUUGAUUGUAAACUUGAGAAUGAAAUUCAUUUUUUUUAUUUACAUUUCUAACGCUUUUAGUGCAUUGUAAUGACAUUAUUUCAGUAUUAUUAAGAUCGUAGAAAAUGUAAUUUUGUAUUUUCCUAAUAGCAUUGCUUGCCGCUAGAUGGUAAUAGUGACAUUGUUUUUGUAGUAGCACUCUUGGGCUUGGAACCUGAAUAAGAUUCGUAUUAACUUUACUUUUGUAAAAUUGGCAUCAAACAUAUAGUGAUAGACAGUCACGGAUCCAGUUUGAGGGAACGCGAUUCACAGGAAACUAAUUCAGUAGUUGUCAAUAGAAGUAGAAGGAAAUAUAUUUUGUAUUUAGAGAAAUCAGCGUGUUUUUUCUUAAGCCUAAGUUAUAUAACGUGCGUAAAUAUACAUUUUAAAGAACACGCAAAAGUGAGGAUUUCAAGAUACGAAAAUUUUAUUACCUAUUGGAAGUCUCAAACUCUUGCAAGUUGUUUUAAAUUAUGGAGAAUGUAUAACCAAUCAGAACAAACCUGCGCAAUCAUAAACAAAAAUUCGUCUUCUAGUAAUACGUUAAUCUCACUAAAUGAAAUGUAUUUGUCAUUCGAGAUAGUUUACAGUUCAUUAGCAUGAUCAAAUUCAAAAUAGCGGGAAUAUUCAAGGACGUCGGGAUGCUACAUAAAUAAUAGUGCUUUGAAAUAGUUAAGGAAAUAUGAAUGUUAUUUUUUGCGAUAACAGUAACUGAUUCUUAAUAUGUUAAUAAUUUUACGCAGAACAAUGAGUUCUCUUACUUUAAAUAAGUUGAAGAAGAAGACACCCUUAGAAAAGUUUGACAAAUCAAAAAAGAAAAUUGAUCGAUUUGAUGGAUUGUCAGAGGAAGAAGUUCAAAAAUUUACUUUGCCAGAUUAUUUGGAAAUGAACUUAGACAUGGUUUUUGUUGGAAUAAAUCCGAGUUUAAUGGCCGCACAUCGUGGUAGAUAUUAUGCAGGUCCAGGUAAUCACUUUUAUAAACUUUUAUAUGAAUCAAAAUUAACACCUCGAUGCCUAACUUAUGAAGAAGAUUACAAACUUCUUGAGUAUGGAAUUGGCUUAACAAAUAUAGUAGAACGGGCUACAAGAUCAUCUGCUGAUUUAAAACGUUUAGAAAUUGAAAAAGGUUCAGAGGUGAUAAAAGAAAAACUGUACAUUUAUAAACCAACGAUCGCUGUUUUUAAUGGCAAAUGUAUAUAUAAAAUCUUUGCUAAUAAAACAGCUGAUUUCAAUUUUGGAUUACAACCAGAAUGUAUUGGAGAUACUGCACUUUGGGUCACUCCAUCAAGCAGUGCUCGUUGUGCAAAUUUUCCGAGAAUGUCUGACAAAUUACACUUUUUUACCUCUCUAAAGAAGUAUUUGCAGUUUUUAAAAGGAGAAAUUAAGAAUAUUGAUACAAAAGAAUUUUUGUUUGAGGGAAAAUGUAAACAGUUUAUUCCUAGAACUUCAAAAAUGUGGAGACGAAAAAAUAUGUCUGCAUUUUUGCAUGGAGGAAGAGUUGCUAAUAAAGAUACUAUACAUUUAGAUACUUCUGAUGAAAAUAUAGCUAUAGCACAUAGCACAGAAUUCAUUGUAGAUGAAAUACAAUCCGUUAAUGAAAAAAAUGAUAAAAAAGAAGAAAUAUUUGAUACAGAUGAAAUUACAUCACUAGAAAAUUAUAUUUUACAUGAUAAUGGAAAAUCAUUUUUUGAGAAUAACUCAUCUUCACAGACAGAACAUUCAGACUUCAUAAGCAAUACGAAAAGUAAUUCAGAAAAAGAUGUACAGUCUAAAGCAAUAUCUAAAGUUCAAACCAGCAUUAACAAGAAGGGAAAGUAUACUAAAAACCUUUUGCAGAAAUCAAUUAGAACCAAACACUGCUUUGAAAACAAUACUGAUUCAUAUUUCAUAAAUUUAAUAAAACAAAGACUUAAAAAAAAAGUGGAAAGUAAUUCUGACUAAGAAGCCAAUAAAAAAAAAUCGUAAUAUUUUGAUUUAUAAUUAAAGUUAAAAUUAUGUAAAUUAAAAAGUACAAAGCGCGAGAUAUUAUAU